CCCAUCCCUCCCUCUCCCAUCCCUCUCUCUCCCAUCCAUUCAGCUCCCAUCCCUCCAGCUCCCAUCCCUCUCUCUCCCAUCCCUCCAGCUCCCAUCCCUCCAGCUCCCAUCCCUCCAGCUCCCAUCCCUCCAGCUCCCAUCCCUCCAGCUCCCAUCCCUCCCUCUCCCAUCCCUCUGGCUCCCUGCGAAGGAGGAGCAGCAGCCGUGGGGAGGAUGAGCUGUAACAGGUAUCCCGUGGAUGUGAAGGCUGUCGGCUUCAUGCAGUGCAGAAAACAGAAGAACUACAUGAUGUUUGUGUCCUGGUCAGAUCAGAACAACAUUCUCAUCUACAGGACAUUUGAAGACUUUAGGAAAUUCCACAAAGAGCUGAAGAGAAAAUUCCCCACCGAGAGUGGGUCACUGAGGAGUUUACCCAGGUUUAAAGGAAUAACUAUGCAGCAGAGGAAGGGUGGGAAGCUGAACAGGUGCCUGGAGAUCCUGAAAUUGCUGGAAACUUAUUCCCAGGAGCUGCUGAAAACAGAUGUGAAAAUCUCCCGGGGUGAAGAGGUGAAUCAGUUUUUCAAGGCACAGACUCAAGACCUCGACCCUUCCUUCCCUGAAAACAGUGCAGUGAUCAUGCCAUCAGUAUUCAGAAGGGAGAAGAGCCCCCAGCCCCUCUCCAUCACCCUCCCUCAGGCGUCGCAGAGCUACCGCUGCAUCGAGGCCUUUGAAACCAAAGACACAAAGAACAAACCCUUCACAGUGGCUCAGAAGGAGAUUGUGGAAGUGCUCAUCAAGGACAUGACUGGCUGGUGGCUGGUGGAAAACGCAGACAAGCAGAUAGCCUGGUUCCCAGCCUCGUACCUGGAAGAGCUUGAUCCUUGUGAGGACAUCCAGAAUGCCUUCAGCUCAGAUGAGGAGGGCAGCCUGUACUUUGUGGUGCAGGCCUACGAGGCUCAGAAGGCAGAUGAGCUCUCGCUGAACCAGGGGGUGGUCGUGGAGGUGCUCAGGACAUCCCACAAUGGCUGGUGGCUGAUCCGGUACAACGGCUGCACGGGCUACAUGCCCUCGCUGUGCCUCCGGCCCUACCAGAACCCUCACCACAAGCUGCAGACCAUCCUGAGCUGCGGCCUCCACGCCUGCACCCCGAGCCUCCGCUCCGGGCAGGAGCAGGGCAGCUCUGCCAGGAGCAGAUCCCGCUCUCUGCCCCGGGCCAGCUCCACUCCUGAGCUGGAUUUGGGUUCGGACAGCUCCUCGCUGAGCUCGGGGAGCAGCAGUGCCGGGGACGCCCGGCUGGCCUGGAAACCCGACUUGUCUCGGUCCCUGCCCGAGGUGGAGCCGGCCAGGAGCGCUCCUGGCCCGAGCCGCGGGCUGGCCACGCACAGCAGCAAAGCCCCGCAGCUCCGUGCCGGCGACAGGAACGACUCCGGCUUCGUGGAGUCCCCAGCAGCCGAGCUGCCCCUCGCCGAGCCUGAGCUGGCCGCGGGUGUCCCCAAGGUGCCAGCCCGUCCCUCAGCCCAGGAGAUCCUGCAGCGCUGCAGCACCGUCACCAAGCGCGCCGUGCAGCGCUCGGCUCCCCGGCCGGCCCUCCCGCUCCCCAGCCAGCUUUAGUGGCCCUGGGCAGGGGACACGGGGACAGCCCUGACACUCCUGGGAGCCUUGACAGCUCGCUGGAGCCCCCUGGGAGCUGUGGGCAGCGGCUCCAGAGCGUCAGGGCUUUGGACUGUCCCUUCCCCAGGGACACACACACCUCCAUCACCCC